AUGGGAGAUAGUAUGAUUUUGGAGUGCCUUUACAGAAUAUUUGGAUAUGAUGCCGUUGAUGAGGUUGUUGACAAGAUUACUGGUAGAUUCGGUUGCCAAAUUCCAGUAAUCACUUCGACAUCCCAUGGAAUUUUUGGGCAAGAUGCUAACACUAAUGAGUUUGAAGAGGUUCAGUGGGACACCUUUGAAGAUAACGACGCUCAUGCCGAUCUUGUUGAUGAGGACCAGGGUGUUUUAAUAACUGUUGGUUUCUUACCAGGAUUAACAGUUGAUUUAAUCCCAUUAAAAAAAUCUCGGGAUGAGGACAUUGACAUCAAACCGGUCCUUGCAAAGUUGGAUUAUGCUUUUUCCAGUGAGACUGCCAUUGUGGGUAACGGAGGUUCUAAGUUUUUCUACCGAGGUGUAACAGCAAUUAACCGAUCUAAUAACAAAGAGUCCAGUUCAGCUGCUGUUGCUCUUUCAUUUUCAAGGGAUAUAGGCAAGCCUCCUGGUGUUGGGAAAACUCAGUUUCAUGUAAUGUUAUCCACUGGCAUUUCACCGAUUGGGCCUACAUACAAAGCUGUUUAUGUUAAGGCGAUGAUGCCUUAUGAAUAUUCUACUCAGCUCAUGGGAACAACAGAAGAUAUUGACAUGAAUCUGGAUGGUGACACUGUUUUAGAUCAGAUUUAUGAUGAGCUGGGAGAUCAUACUCAUUCUCAAGCUCUCUAUGUUGGAUUUACUACGAGAAGGAAAUGCACUUCUCAGCGUGACCACCCAAGCUGGAUAACUAUGCAUGAAUUCCAUGUCGUUUUAAAGUGAUUAAUGCACCAUUGAGCUUGAUAAUCCUAAUGGUCUUCACUUAUGAUGUUUGAAUGUUCUACGGUGUCACAUUCUGCUCUCCAGUUUACUACCUUUUUUGUGUCCGAAGGUGUUUGAUGUGCAAAAGUAUGCAGGUAGAGGGUUUAUUCUCUGUGAAGUUUCCAUGGUUCAUGGAGAGAAUAGGGAGUCCUCCUCACUGAGUUUGCUUCUGCAAACGUGGGAAGACAUUUAAAUUGUAUUACUACUGGUGUUUCUUUUACUCAGGUUAUUGUUACUAUUUUUACUGUCAGCACUUUUCUUUUUACAGUAUUUUGUCCAUAGUUUUUACUUUAGUAUUUGUCAAAUCUGUUUUUGAAAAUGCUUUUCUUGAGCAGAGGGUCUAUUGGAAACAACCUCUAUACCUCACACAAGGUAGGUGUAAGGUCAACCCUCAGGGGUUGGCCUGGUGGUAAUUGGCUUGAGCCUUGGGGUUUGCUCCCUUUCAAGGUUUCAAGUUCGAAACCCACUAGGUGCAAACAAUUUCUGAGGGUCAUCGGACUGGGGUAAAACCUUGAAUUACCCGUGGUGCACUUGCGGGAAACUCCUUGCCGAGGGCCUGUGCACCCCCGGGAUUAGUCGGGGCUCAAAGAGACCCGGACACCCGGUGCUUAAAAAAAAAAAAAAAAAAAAGGUAGGUGUAAGGUCUGCGUAACCCCACUUGUGGGAUCACUUAACAUGUUGUAGUUGAAACUGCUAUCUUACAACCUGUUAUGCCUUUCCUCUUCCUCUCUUCACUUCUGUAACUAAUUAUAAGAAUUUGCAGAGGUGAGUACGAGGAUCUUUCUGUCCAUGGUGAUGGUAUCAGAAGUUACGACUCCUUCCGGUUUUACCAUUGAAAUUCUGAUUUGGCACGUGCUUCUUGCAACAAUGUUUCGAACAACUUGAGAAGUCUGAAGCAGGAUCUAAACCACCUAACUCAUGAUCAUACUAAUAGCAAUGACAUAGAUAUGCAUAAGAAGUCUGUUUUUGGUGGUAUGAUGUUCGCUGACUAUGGUCGUGGCAAGUUAUUAUUCGGUGAACCUAAUGUAGAUGCCUCGCCUUUUUUGGAGAACUUCCCCGGGGUUACCUUCUCAGGAACCUAUUGCAACGGAGAAAUUGCACAUGGAGAUUUAAGCUCGUAUGAAGAGGGGUCUAAAGAACACAGCUCUGUACGUUGCAGUUUUCAAGAAAAUAGCACCGUCUACCUGGUUAUGUCAUAUACUCUUGCAUUGCCACAACAUUAGAGAUAUAGCUGGUGCCGCCUUCGAUAAUAUGCUGGGUAUUGACAAAAGAUUUUUAUGGUUUGAAUAGGAUAUUGCUCUGUACUUUUUGGUGCUGGAAUUUGGUGGAAUCUGGCUAAUAUUGUAGCUUAGCAGAGGGCAAAUGUCUGCUGUAGAUAUUUCAAAAGCCAUUUUGGACUAUUUUUAUUACUAUCUUGUUGCUGUUUUUCAGUAUUAGCAUGUUUGUGCUGCAUGCCUGCAAGAAUUGUACUAUUCUUUGUAUCUUUAAAUUCGGAAAAGGGUAAAAUGCUCUUUAACGUUUG